AUGAAACCUCAUUCAAACCAACUCAAAACGUCUUUUAGAAAUCCUCGAUUUUACUUUGCAGGGAAAGUUGGAAUAACGGUUAAUAUCAACUGGUACGAUCCGAAAGACGACCAAUUAGAAAAUAUUGAAGCGGCCGAAAGGGCAUUGCAAUUUCUUGGAGGUUGGAUUGCCAAUCCCAUUUACGGCACUGGAGAUUAUCCAGACGUCAUGAAACAAAAAAUCGGCGAUAAGAGCGCACAACAAGGAUUUAAUCAAUCGCGACUACCGGAAUUCACGGCUGAACAAAAGAUUUUGGUACAAGGCAGUGCAGAUUUUUUUGGACUUAACUAUUAUACCAGUUACCUGGCCGCUAAUAAGAUUCAAGAUAUAUCAAUAAUUGAUUAUGGUUACGACCAAGAUAUCGAGAGCUAUUCUGACCCAACUUGUUAUCAAUCAAGCUUCGACUGGUUGACCAUAACACCAUUCGGCAUGAGGAACACUUUGAACUGGAUUAAGGAUAAGUUCAACAACCCGGAAAUUAUUAUUACAGAGAAUGGUAUUAGUGACCGGGCUGGAAACGUAGACGACAUGAUCCGAGUUUACUAUUACAAGCACAACAUAAAUUCUAUGCUCAAAGCCAUAAAAAAUGGAGUUCGAGUCACUGGUUAUGCUGCUUGGUCGUUAAUUGAUAACUUUGAAUGGGGAAACGGAUUUACGCAAAAGUUUGGACUAUUUUCCAUAGACUUUGCAACGACAGAUUUGAACAGAACGGAGAAAGCCUCGGCACGUUACUAUGCCAAAAUUGUCAAAGACAAUGGAUUCACGAUGGAUCAACCAUGUAACAACAGUCCUAUAUAG